AUAGAAGCUGCAUAAGCAAAUUUGAGAAUUCCCAAUCCAAAGAGAAAAAAAGAAAAAAAAAUGGUUGCAACAUGUCUCCACACAAAUCUAAUCCCUUGCUUUAAACCCUUAAUUUCAUCUCCUUCUCAACAACCUAACUUUCCCCCUAAAACCUCAAAGCUGGCUAAAUCCAUAAUCUCUUUACAAGUUGUUCUUUCUGGUGAUUCCCCCUCUGUAUCUUCUUCUGUAAAAGAGAAGCUUAGAGUGGUGGUGAAGCCAUUGGAGAAGCCAAGGGUAGUACUGAAGUUCAUAUGGAUGGAAAAAGAUAUAGGGAUAGCACUUGAUCAAGUGAUAUCUGGGCAUGGUUCAAUCCCAUUGAGUCCAUAUUACUUUUGGCCUACGAAGGAUGCUUGGGAACAGCUCAAGGUUUUGCUUGAAAGCAAGCCAUGGAUAUCUCACAUGCACAGGAUUCACCUGCUCAAUCACGCUACUGAUAUUAUCAAUUUAUGGCAGACAAGUGGUGGUAAUUUAUCCUAACUGUUUCAAUUGAUAAUGUUC